CAGUCGAUAUGGGGCCCCCGGGCCGCACCGGCAUGGGGGCGACCCGUCGUAGUCUCCCGGCGACCGUCACACGAACAGCAAGCAGCAUAAGCAGCUCCACGCCCGCUGCCGCCGCCGGUGCGCGAUGACACUGAGGAGACAGCCAGCAAUCCGACGGCGAUGAGGAGGGGUCCCCCCGCCGUCAGGUCGAAGCCGGACGUGGCGCAGCUGGCAAAGCCCUAAAGAUGAACGGUGACGGGCCGCUGUUGCCCGGGGUGCCGACGCCCGGCCCCGCGCAGCACACCAGGCUGCACGAUUCCGUCGAGUACGGCACGCCGCAGAGCCAGCUGCACAUCAACUUCCUCCUGGACCAGCAGCACCUGCAGCAGCAGCAGCGACGCGCGUCUUCCAAGACCGUCAACAGCAUCGGCUCGCGGUUCAACCAGUGGCUGGAGCCUCAAGUAACCAGGGGGGGUGUCUUGAGCUUGAGGGGCUCGGGCGGCCUGGUGCCGGUGGCGGUCGCCCCGUGGACCGCGCGCCCCGGGUCGCUCCCGCAGCAGCCGCAGAGCCCCACUGGGAGCGUCACCAGCAUCACCAGGCUCCUGCCGCCGCUGAGCAACAGGAAGUCCGCCGGGGCGUCGGCGGGGUCCUCGGGCGGCCUCGGGCGCCGGCGCGUCAUCUCCGUCCUCGCCGCCGUCAGCCUGUUCGAGGGCGCCCUCCUCAUCGGCCUCUUCGUCUUUACCUACUUCUACAUGAAGAGCCUGGAGCGGGCAGGGCCCGUGUGCGAGAGCGCGGCCUGCGUGCGCACCGCGGCCAGCCUGCUGCGCUCGAUCGACCCGCGCGUGUCGCCGUGCGAGGACUUCUACGCGUACGCGUGCGGCAGCUGGCCCCAGGACCACCCGGCGCCCGCAGCCGCCUUCAGCCACGACUGGUUCUACGACCGGCACGAGCACGUGCUGGUCGGCGUGCGCGAGUACUUGGAGGAGAACACCACUGCGAGCACCCCCUGGGCGGUGUCGCAGGCCCGCAUCCUGUACCGGGCGUGUCUGGACCGAGAGGCGUGGGACGCCCUGGGCCUGGACCCCCUGCUCGCCGUGCUCGACGCGGUGGGGCUUCCUCGGCGGCCGCCCCUCGGCCCGGACCCCGACUGGACGUGGGAGCGCACGUCCGUGCUCGCCAGGAAGCGCACCAACAAGGACCUGCUCGUCAACCUGGACGUGCGCGCCGACGUCAAGGACCGCACCGUCAACAAGAUCCUCGUCAAGAAGUACCGCUCCGGCUCGCCCCUGCUCGGGCACCAGGCCCGCCGCCUGGAGCACAGGAGGCACCGCAUCCUGGCGAGGACGUCGGUCCCACUGGCCAGCCUCAGACCGACGAACGAGUACGACGAGGAUGACGGCAGCGGAAGCGACGACGCUGGCGGCGACGAGAAGGUGCCGUCGGACAUCAGGCACCUCGCCGCCUACCUGUUGUACAUGAUGGACGCGAUGACUCUAGUCACGCAGCACGCCAACGGCAGCCUCAGAGCUCCGGAGGCGUCGUCGGCCACGUCGAGCAACAACUCCAGUCGCAGCAGCAGCAGCAGCAGCCGCGGCGGUGUCGCGCCAGGAGGAAUGGGCGCCUCCUGCAACCUGCGGGCCGCCGCGCCUCCCGGCCUCAAGAAGGCCGCCCUGGACGUCCUCGCCUUCAACAAGGCUCUGUACAGGCUCGCGUUCCCGGAGAACAGGUCUGCCGUCCGGGAUGACGACCCCUUGGAGAUGUGGGUGUGGGAGCUGCAGAACCUGACCGACGCCGGCCUCAAAGAGGGCACCCCGUCUCAGAUAAACUGGACGGAGUACCUCACCCUUAUGUUCGAAAAUGUGCCAAAUGUGACGUUGGAUCUCACCAAGGAUAAGAUAAUUGUGGAGGACGAGGAGUACCUGAGAAAUUUGUCUUCGCUUCUAGCCGCAACUCCUCGCGAGACAGUCAAGCUCUCCCUGUGGUGGGAGAUGGUGGACCUGCUGGCGCCGUACACCACCGCGGAGAUGCGACAGCUGAGGAGGAGCUACCAGGAGAUUGCCUCAGGGACCGGCGCUGCAAGGCCCAGGGAGAUGGUCUGCACGGAGUCGGUGAACAGCUUGAUGGGCAUGGCUGUGAGCUACGGCAUGGCGGAUGUUGCCUACCUCAGGACCGUUGGGGAAAAGGUUCACGAGAUGUUGGGCGACGUGAAGAGCGUCUUCCAGGAGAUGGUGGCCGACCUGGACUGGAUGGACGCGCCCACCAAGGCGGCCACCCUCGACAAGGUCAAGGCCAUGAAGUCCUUUGUCGGCUUCCCCGAGUGGCUGCUCAACGUGACGCUGCUCGAUGAGUACUACGAAGGGAUCAAUAUGACAAGCGAUGCCUUUUUAGACAACAUGCUGCAGUUCCAGGACGCCUACAGCGCGUGGACAUUGGCCUCCCUGCGACGUAAAAACGAGGAAGACACCUGGGCAACCGACCCCACUGAUGUCAACGCAUUCCAUUCUUUUCAGUCCAAUGCAGUCACAAUACCCGCGGCGAUUUUACAAUUCCCAUUUUAUGAUUUGGGCUUGGAGGCGCUGAAUUAUGGAGCGAUUGGGACUAUUCUGGGUCACGAACUCACUCACGGAUUCGACAGCUACGGCCGGCUCUUCGACCGGGACGGCAACAUGAGGCCCUGGUGGAGCAACGCCACGGUGGCCGAGUACGAGAACAGGACGGCGUGCUUUGUCAAGCAGUAUGGAGAUUACUUUCUUCCCGAAGUGGAGAUGAACGUCGACGGGGAGCUGACGCUCGGCGAGAACAUCGCGGACAACGGCGGCAUGGAGGAGGCGGUCCGCGCCUACCGCCGCUACGUCCGGAGGCACGGCGUCGUCGAGCCACUGCUCCCGGGCAUGGCCAACUACAGCCACGAGCAGCUGCUGUUCCUCGCGCACGCCCACGUGUGGUGCGAGACGUGGACGGCCGAGUCGCUCGCGUGGUCGCUGGAGGACGAGCACGCCCCCAACCGGGUGCGCACCUGGGGCACCAUCAGCAACUCGGAGGACUUCGCGCGCGCCUGGUCGUGCCCCAAGGGCACCGGCAUGAACCCGGACCGGCCGCGCUGCCGCCUGUGGUGACACCGACUAAGUGUGUUACUGCCCGCAUGUAUUCCACCGCCAUAAAUAAAGUUUGUAAUUAUUUCA